GAUUUGGAUUAGCGGUGUUGUGCUGGGAAGCAUUUUUUACAGCUUUGCUGAAGAAAUAAAUGUCAUAUCAAUUUCAUAUGUCUGCUGUGAUUAUCUUUAGUGCAUGUUGAGUAAUGGUGGUUGCAAAUGGCGGUCUUUUAACUUUUACCUGAAUUUUAGUCGAUGUGACAUGGCCACAGGCCUGAAGGCUUUCUUUGAAUCUCUGGCAAGACCACCGAGGAAAUUCAUGGUGUUCGGAGGGGCGUGUCCUAGUGUGACGUCACCAAUUGCAACGUCCGUUCAUUGGUGGAAUCUUGUACAGUUAUCGUAUGCUGAUACCACCCCGUCUCUCUCUCAGCGGGAUAAAUACCCACAUUUCUUUAGGACCGUUCCGUCAGAGAAUGAUAUCGGUGCUGCUAGGGUCAAACUCUUCCAGCUGUUUAACUGGACUAAGAUUGCUACCCUUCAUCAGGACUAUCCUCGUUUUUCAUAUGCCCAGAGUAAGCAGGUCAAGAUGGCGGAAGAAAACGGUAUAACGACAAUAGUUGAAGCGACAUUCGCUGAUGAUCCGCGACCAGCCUUAGAUCAACUGAAGGAGAAAGGAGCUCGUAUCGUGAUGGGUUUCUUUGAUGAGGAUAUGGCACGAAGAGUAUUCUGUCAGGUUUAUAAAGCCAAACUCUAUGGUUCUCGUCAUGUAUGGAUCCUUCCUGCUUAUCAACAAGGCUGGUGGAAGAAAACUGAUAAUUCAACAGAAUGUAACGCUGAUCAACUUGGACGAGCUCUGAAAGGUUACAUAGCAACUGAUAUCCUCACACUGAGUGCCAAUGAAGAACAAACGAUAUCCGGCAGGACACCGGCAGAGUAUGAAGCCCUCUAUGACGCAGCAAGGAAAGGAGAUUACUCUGAUUACCAUGGCUACGCAUACGAUGGUAUCUGGGUGAUGGCUCUAGCUAUUAAUCACGUGAUUAAGAUGUUUGAGAAGGAGAAUAAUCUUGAUGCCUUCUUUGAUUUCAAGUAUGAUGAUCAGAAGAUGUUGGAUCAUUUUAGUAAAGCUAUGAACGAGACAAACUUCCCUGGAGUGACGGGAGUAGUUCAAUUCAGAGAGGGAGAACGGCUUGGAUGUACCAUGCAUAAACAGUUACAAGAUGGAGAAAUGUUAAAGGUAGCCGAGUAUUACGCAAUCACCGACUCUCUAAAUCUGUCUACUAGAUCAGGAAACAACUUCAAGUGGGAAGGUGAUGGCCCGCCCUCUGACGUCCAGAUGCAGGAGAUCCUAAACCUUCGUGUAUCUCGGAUAGUAUUUGCUGUACUCGCUACCAUAGCAACGGCUGGUAUCAUCAUGGCAUUUGGUUUUCUAAUAUUUAACAUGAAGAGCAGAAAUCAGAGGUUUAUAAAGAUGUCUAGUCCAUUCUUGAAUAAUCUUAUCAUCAUGGGUGGUAUAUUGACCUAUGGAAGUAUCUUUCUUCUUGGUCUUGAUCAUGGAAUGGUCGGUGAUUACUCAUUCAAAGCUGUCUGCACGGCCCGUGGCUGGUUUCUGUGUAUCGGAUUUACUUUAGCAUUUGGAGCUAUGUUUAGUAAAACAUGGAGAGUACAUAGGAUCUUCACUAAUAUCAAAAUGAAGAAAAAGGUAAUUCGAGACAAUCAGUUGUAUGCUAUUGUAGGCGUGAUGCUCGUUGUCGAUCUCAUUAUCCUCAUCACGUGGCAAGUCGUUGACCCCGUCGAACCAAGAGAAGAAAGACUCGAUGAAAGGCAAGAUCCCAAUGGCCGUGACGUCAUCUUGAUACCAGUGAUGUUAAACUGUAAGAGUAGGAAGACAAUGAUCUGGCUUUCAAUCAUCUAUAUCUAUAAAGGAGUUCUCAUGAUUUUCGGGCUUUUCUUGGCAUGGGAAACUCGUCAUGUGAGCAUACCCGCCCUCAACGACAGCAAAUACAUAGGGAUGAGCGUAUACAACGUAGUAAUCAUGUGUGUAUUGGGUGUAUCUCUAUCAUUUGUAAUCAAUGAUAAUCCCAAUGCUUCAUAUGGUCUUGUAUCAACCUUCAUACUCUUCUGUACGACCAUCACGCUUUGUCUCGUAUUCGUACCAAAGGUUGUCGAACUCCGAAUAAACCCGAAUGCCAACGAGAGGAUCCGAGUUGUAGGAGCUUUGGAUAAAACCCGAACCUGUUCUACUAAUGCUGGCACUAUGGAUUCAGAUUGCAGGUUACGAGGCCUUGCUAUCGAGAAGAAUGAACUCGCUAAGAAACUCUCAGAUCAAACCAAGAUAGUUCAAGAUCUGGAGACACAGUAUACAAAGAUCGCCCCAGAGGACGCACCAUUGCUGUUUAGUGAGGAAUGGUCGUCAGGCAUUGAUAACUCUACAUUGUCAGCAAGAUCAAGAGCUGAAAGUAAUAGAACAGCGACAUCUCCAGUCAGUGUGACGUUUAAUGUUCAUUCGUCAAAAAUCAACCACACAAAAGAAGCAGUGGUAACACCAGCUGUGACGUCAUCACUAAGCCCCGCCCCUCCCUUGAUCCCUCGCUGGUCUGAAGAGAUUAAUGAUGAUGAGGAAGAUCACGAAUCUGAUUCUAUGGAUCUGUAUGCUAACUUUGGGGGCGUCUACAUCGGCCCACCGGAUAAACAAGAAGACCCACUUACUGAUCCACUGACCUCUGACAUCACUUCCGCUGGAAACACAAAUUCAUUGGAUACAAUGUGCACUGAUGGAAUUGCGGAGAUUCAUCGUCCAUUUGAUGACGUCAUGGGAUAUAACGAUUCCAUGGAUAUCGGUUUGAUCGAUACUCAUAUUCCUAAACAUUCAGCUGAUGUUUUCGAUAAAUUAUCACCUGUUCAAAGUGUGAACGAAAAAUUCUCUUCGUCUGGUAGUGUGAACGAUACGUUUGGUAUGAACGCUCUUCUUUCGUCAAAUAGUGGUAUGAACGAUACUUUUAAUGGUUUGAAUAAAAAGACAUCGUCAAAUUGCAGUGUUUCUAAUGGUGGGAAUGCACCUUCUGUUCAAAACUAUCAAUAUUCUCAUUUAUUAGAUUAAACAUGUGCUCCUUUUUCGUAAUCGGUUUGUGAAACAUCACUUCUUGCGCCAUAUUCAUAUUACCGCGUGUUAUUGGUAUUAUUUGGAUGAAAUUUACAAACAUACAUCUGUGCACUGAACAAUUCAUAUGAUAAUCAUUUUUCGAGAAAAUGACCAUCAUAACCAUCCAAACUAUCAAUCUAUGGGAUCCGGUCUGAUUGAAGAGUUGCGGUCAUUAAGAGAUGAAUUAAUGGUCAGCAAGGGAUAGUCAAGAAAUUGUCAACAAAUAUGACAUAGUUUGGAAAAGUUAUUCGGCAAGAACAUUGUAGAUCAUGGCAUGCCCGGAAUAUAUACAUGCAUAAAAAAAUACUUUGUGAAAUAUUAGCUUCCCGACAAUACAUGUAAUAAUACAGGUAAGUUAUGCAAAGUAGGAAUAAAAUCCGAUAUUUGUUGUCAAAACUCGCAAUGUUUUUCUUAUGAUGUCAAGAUUUACAAGUGAGCAGAAUUACUAGACAUACUAGAACUACUGAAAUUUACGAGAACAUUUUCCUCAUAGAGUUCAGUGCUAUUUUAAUGUAUUACGAAGCGAUUUCAAAUAAAGCUUCCGGCAUGUCCGGGGCGAUGCAAUAUUGAUUAUCCGCAUAAACCAAAAAAAAAACAUCCUAAACGAGGAUUUUUAAAAAAUGCGUGAACCUAUUUCCUAAUAGACAAAGAAGCCAACUAAAAUUUCACUGCUUUUGAAGUUAAUCAUGGAUUUCAUCGUUCAUGAUUUGGAUUAUCAUCUACAAAUAUUGUGCUCUUUCAUCAUAUUUUCCUUUGUUUACCUUAAUUUGAUAACCCUUUAGAACUUUUCGUGUUUUGCUUCAUGCUAUGCGAAUAAACUCAAACUCGAAAGUAAUUAUUAGUUUUCAAGAAGUGUAUCGCAAUACACAAAGUUAUGUUGCACAUUGCUAGACGUAUAUUUACGUAUGUUUUUCCGACCCAAUCAAAUUUUUCAAUAUUUUAAAGUAAUUUCCCGAUCAAAUUGGGGGUAUUCCCAGAGAGUAUAAAGUAUGAAUACUGAUUAAAUGUUAAACGGGGACUCCAUGCUGAACAUAGUUAUAUCUAAAUUACAAUAGCAAAACUCAUUGAACAAAACGCUUCGUUAUAAAUCAAUGAAAUUAUUACAUUUUGAACUUUAGCAAUGGUUUGAAAAAAAGGGGGAGUCUGAACACCGUAAUGAAUACGCAAUAAGUUGGCUGAUGAUAUUAUGUCCCCAGUUUUCUUUUUCUUAUGUUAUUACAUGAAAUUAUAAUUUUAUCAUUUUUCUACAUGUCUGCAUGGUGAGUGUCCAUAAUGAUUUGCAUCAUUGAUUAUCUUACACGUUUAAUAGGUCAAUCAUUUCUUUUUAUUUUUGGAAUACAAAAUCGGAGUAAAUAUAAUUUCAGAUAAUAAAUACACAUAAAUAAGUGGGGAUGUGAUAUCAGCAUGCUCACUACAUUUUCAUAAAGACAGGCAUAUCGAUGUUUCACCGAAAUAAUAUCACGCCUAAAAAUGCCAUAGCCCUGUGAUUCAAUGUCCUAUUUUGAUGAAAUUAUCGGUGUUCUGUUUGUCAGGUUUUAGUUUUAUUUUGAGCCUGGAGUACUCAUGCAACUUUUGAAGAAAUACCCCCAACUAUUAUUUUGCUAUUCAAACAACCAUUUUAUAUAAAUAUUGUGUGUCUGAUCGUUAUUUAGUCUUAUCGUUAUUCGUCAAGUCACUAAGAUCGAUUUGUUAUUUGGGACUGAUUUUGCCAUUAUUAAAUGAUGAAAACUAGCUUAGCAAAAUAAGUUUUCCAAUGGGUGUCCGCGAUUAAAAUCCGGUUAGUUUAAGAUGACGUUUUUACUCAUUUCAAAUGAUGCCGGUCGUGGAACAAUCACAAACCAGAUACCGUUGAACCAAAAUACAUUUUGGGGGAGAACCAGAAAUGCUUACAAGAUGGGGUACACAAGCUCAUGAUUUUACAAGCAAAAGAGACCUAUUUUUCCCCAAAGGUGGAGGGACACUUUUCCAUUGUUGGAAGGUACAAUAACAUAAUUUAUACCUGUUGGGAUGUAGUUUUCGUGAAUGCAAUUAUAAACAUCUGAAUCUAAAAUGUUAUAUUCAAUGUAUUCAGCGUAAACAAAAUGCAUGUGUGCUGAAACAUAUAUUAUAACAGACUAAGAAUUAUUUGACCUACAUUGUUGUGGUGUACAUGUACUGUAUAUAAUAAGGUAAUAAAUAUAUUAUUCAGACUGUCAUGAUGUUAAGAUUAUAUAUAUUGUCUAUAUCUUAUUGAUGAUAAUAAACUGUCUUUAAAGCUAC